ACUUGUUGCUGGAACCACAACAGCUAACGAGAGAUACGCGGUGCCACUUGCUGAUCAGUUGGUCUUCGGAUUUAUCAGACUGCAGUCGUCUCCGCGGAAAUAUUAAUUCAUUAACCUAGCGAUAAACCAUUAAGAUGGAGCUGAACAGAUGCGGCUUUAUUGAUCCGCAAGCGCAGCUUGGUCUGGCGCUGGCCAAGCGGGAUAUACGUGAGUUCUAUGCGGCACUCGAGAUGGGAGCACAGCCAAAUCUCCCGGAUGAGCACAACACAAGCAUCUACGAGAAGGCUUUGUCCACUGCGGGAUGUGCGGAGUUCAUCGAAGCUUGUCUUGCACAUGGCUGCAAUGUGAAUUACAUCAAUCAAAAACACAACAAGGCAGCAAUCAGCUAUGCGGCCGAUUCCCGAGACUCUCGCAAUCUAUCCGUGCUCUUGAGUCGACCAGGAGUGCAGGUGGAUCGCAAAUACGGACAGUUGACGCCUCUCAAUUCGCUGGCUAAAAAUCUCAAAACCGACAAUGUGGAUGAGGUGCGUGCCUGUAUGCAGAGCCUGCUGCAGUAUGGCGCCUCGCCCAAUCUGGUGGAUCAGAGUGAGAUGACGCCGCUGCAUCAUGUACUGCGCAACAAUAAGAUUAAUACCGCCAAACAGGAGCUGGUGCAGCUCUUUCUGGGGCAACCCAACCUGGACAUCGAUAGCUAUCGCAAUGGCCAGGUGCGUCAGAUGCUACAGCAACAAUAUCCAGAGCUUCCGUUGCCGCCACAACGCGAUGCCAAUGCGGACGGAGAGAUCGAUGGCGAGCGUCUGUUGCGCCAGCUGCGCGAUGGCGAUGAGUCGCAAUUCGAGCAGCUGCUGGCGGAGCAUCAGUUGAACAUCAGCGACAAGGACAAUCUGCGCAACUUAACACAGGAGCUGUAUCAGCCGUUGCUGGUAGAGUCCAUCAAGCGGGGCAAACAACGCUCCUUGGAAGCGAUUCUCAACACGGGCAUCAACAUCAACAAAAAAGCAACCGGUGAAGCUACAGCGCCCAUUGAGCUGUCCAUCAUCUGGGGCAAUUGGCGGGCAUUGGAGAAGCUGCUGCAUCAUCCAGAACUAAAAGUGGCACCAGGCACUUCGCUCCUGAACACUGUGAUCAGCCGGCUAGAGGAACAGCCACUGGACGAUUUCUGUGAUCAUCAGCGCUGCUUCGAACUGUUGCUGGCCAGUGAGCAUGUGAACAUCAACGAGGCAGAUCCAAGUGGUCAAGUGCCCCUUCACUAUGCCGCCAAGUAUCGCAACUGGAAGGCUGUGCAGACAUUGCUACAUAAUGGCGCCUACAUUGGACCGAAGAGUAAGUUCAAUGAGCUGCCCAUUCACGAUAUGCCGGCCGAGCUGCUGGAGCAGCACUUUGACUCCUGCAUCACAACGAAUAAACAGAAGGCGGGUUCGCAGGCCUUUGAGAUUAUCGUUAACUUUGCGAAUCUGAUGCGCCAGGAGAAACCAGGUCAGAUACCGCCAGGCACGGCAAGUGCACGCCAUCUGCAGGACGAGAUGACACCCAUUGCUCAUAUUGCCGAGUCCAAGGAGCUGCGCCAUUUGCUGCAGCAUCCCUUAAUCUCCAGCUUUCUGUUCCUCAAGUGGCAUCGCCUCUCCGUCAUCUUCUAUCUGAACUUUCUGCUCUACACGCUCUUCACAAUCUCCAUCAUCAUGCACACGUUGCUCCAGUUUCACCAGAGCGAGCAUCAGGCACUCACUGCACUCUUUGGAUUAUUCUCCUGGAUUGGCAUAAUCUAUUUAAUCAUCCGCGAGGUAGUACAGUUCACUAUGGCGCCACUGCAGUACUGGUGUUCAGUGACGAAUUACAUGGAGAUAGCACUCAUUGCACUCGCCAUUGCCACCUGCAUCGAGUCCAACUACGACAAGGAGACACAGCGAGUGCUGGCAGUGUUAACCAUUCUUCUGGUGUCCCUAGAGUUCUGUCUGCUUGUUGGUUCCCUGCCAGUGCUGGCGAUCUCGACACAUAUGCUCAUGUUGCGCGCUGUGUCUAGCACUUUCCUUAAGAGCUUUGGUCUCUACUCGAUCUUUGUGAUCACCUUCAGUUUGUGCUUCUACAUACUCUUUGGUAAACCACAAGAACAGGAACAAAAGCCAGGUGAAGAGGAGGGAGACUUCAACAGCUUCUCGAAUCCUAUCGAGGCAUUGAUUAAGACCAUUGUGAUGUUGACGGGCGAGUUCGAUGCUGGUGAUAUUAAGUUUGACACCCUCUCGACCUACCUAAUCUUCGUGCUCUUCGUCUUUUUCAUGACAAUUGUGCUCUUCAAUCUGCUGAAUGGUUUGGCUGUUUCCGAUACCCAGGCCAUCAAAGCUCAAGCAGAGCUCAAUGGUGCCAUCUGUCGCACCAAUACCUUGCUGCGUUAUGAGCAGGUACUGACUGAGCGCAAUGGAUGCACUGGCUUCAUCGUGAACAGCGAACCCUUCCGUACAAUUUGCCAGCGAUUGCUGAACAUCUAUCCCAACUAUAUGACUGUGCGCCAGAUCUCCAUAUUGCCGAAUGAUGGCAACCAGGUGCUCAUUCCCAAGAUGAAUGUCUAUGAAAUGAAGGAACUCAGCAACGGUAAUGGCAAGACCAUGGCCAGUUUCCAGUCACUGGCCACAAAUGCUGUGCCGGAGCAGCAGAAGAAACUGCUCGAUCCGCCCUUAAGGCUGCUGCCCUGCUGCUGUUCCAAGAUCAGCAACAAGUGCUCCAAGAUGGAUAGCAGAACCGUUAAGUUGGCCCUCGCUGUAAUCGAUCAAAAAUCGACUGCAGAGCAGAAGCGUCAACGGGAGCAAUUGACAGAGCGACGAUUCCAGCUGAUGGAACAGAAACUGGAGCAAUUACUCCAGUUACUACACCAGGAAAGAAAUUAGCCGGAGAACCUAUAAAACUCAUUAAAGACGAUUAAAAUGAGGAAUCGAAAUUAUAUAUUUUAGUACUGAAUGAGAGUCGAAAUAUUGUAAGAGAAUUUCAUGCUCCAUUUAGAAUCCCAUUUAAAGUCGCAUUUGUAUUGCAUUUUUUUUUUGUUAUAUAGUUCAUUUUGUUUAUGUAAUAUUGUAUUGUUUAGAACCUACAUUCACCCUUGAGAAUGAACCCGUUUGAUCGCCUGAAACUAACAUUUCCACAUUAUUUAUACACGCAUAACUAGAUUUAACUCGACUGUGUUAAAUUAAAUCAAUUUCAUGGUCUAACAAAUUGGCUAACGGCUAAAAGAGCCAAUUAAUUCGAAUGAUUGAUGUUCAAAAUAUUCAACGAUUGAUGCGGCAUAUUAUAAAUUUUGUAUUUAAUUGUAGUGUUAAUAUUAAAUAAGUUAGUCAAAGAGUUAGCAGCUUGACUAAUAUGAAAUGACAUAAGCAUGUGGAAACUGAAAUUUACAAUUUUGAAGUGAGUUUGAGUUUGAAUUUGAGCUGCACGUUUUAGAUUAAGAAUUUGUCUAAGCAUUUACAACUAUUAAGUACACUUUUUAAUAUGCUUUGUAUCAUUAAAAUUGCAUGUCUAACAAACAAUAAUUUAAUGUCUUCUAUUACUACUUAAUCCUUGAACAUCUCGCCUACACGUUGUUUUAAAGUUCAUAAAAAAAAUAUUAUAAAUAAUACCUAAUUUGUUGUAUAUCGAAUGAAUUUCAUAUUUUGAUUGUAGUAUUAUGAUUGUUAUAUACAAAUAUAAUUUGCUUCUACUCUAGUGGUAGUUGUUAUAAUAUUUCGUCCACUACUGUAUUGAACAACAUUAUGGCUACUACUGUACACAUUAAUAAAUACGAAUCUGUUGCAUAGCUUUGGGUGCUAAAUUAAAAGCUCUUUUAUAAAUAAAUUGCUAUUCUAUGUUUUUACACGAAAUUAUAUUCAUAGAAAUUUAAGCUAAAGCACAUCUAAAAAUAACAAGAAAAUUGCCAUGUUGUAGUCAGAAAUUGUUUUAUUAACAUACGAAUAUAUAAAUAUAAUUAAAUUUAACAAAACCCUUAUGAGUUAUAAACUGAAUAACUGAAAUAAUCACUAUUAUAAUAGUAGUUAUGAUCUUUUCAAUAUAUAUUUAUAUAUACUUAUAUACAAUUCGAACUAAAAAAAACAUUUUGUUGUCUGCGUUUUGCUCUGCUUUCGGUAAUUAAUUAUGUCAUUAUUUUGUUUCAACAAAUUCUCGGAAUCGUGAAUUAUAUAAUUAUAUACUAUACAUCAUAUAUCUUCCAUCUAUAAUUUUCACACUCACACAGAGUGCGCUGGCAUGUAUAUGUAUGUGUGUAUGUGCGCGCACAGUGGCCACAGUUAUCCGAAAAAUGUUGAAUUUGAAUAUCAAUGUUCAGUUUAAAAUUGGUUUGCGUUUUUUGACAUCCGUUAAUAAAUUUUGACUUUCGAUAAGUAUACGUAUAAGUAUAAGUAGUAUAAGUAUAAUGGUUAUAUAAUAUUUAGACAGUAAAUAUUGUAUAAACGAAUAUCUUUACUGUACCAUUGUUACCCGAGUAAAUAUUUAAUUGCAAAUGUUAGAUUUAUGUUUUAUUUUCUUUUCAUUAUCAUAAUGUUUUUUAUCGCUUUCUUUUGUUUUGUUUUGAUUUGAUAUGAUUCGGUUCAUUAUGUCACUAUAUAUACUCAUUAUCGUUAAUGUUUUCCUUUUUGCUUUGUUUUAUAACUGAUUGGAUCAAAUCAAAUCAAUUUCAUGGUCUAACAACGGCUAACUAAGCCAAUUAAAUAAAAUGAGCGAUUUAAUCAAACUGUUUUAUUAAUGAAGUUAAAAGCUUAACAAAUAUUAAAUAACAUAGGAAUAUGGAAAUAGAUAUGGAAAAUGUUCUACAAGCUGAGUAUUGAUUUGAGUUUGAUCCGUUUGCAAGUUGAGCGCAGCUAUGAAUAAUAUAAUUAUUAUAAUUGAUAAUUUGUUUAAGCUAUGCAGUUAUUAGGUAAAUAUAAUAUUUGAUUAUGCUUAGGACGACUAAAAACGCAUGUCUAAUAUCAAAAACUUGUCACUUUUGCAGCAUUUUUUGUUUUGUUCAUCAUACAUACAUAUUUCAUAUUGUUGUAACGGCAAAUCAAAAUAAUUGACAUUGUUUUCAGAGCAUGUUAAACAAUUUGUAUGCUUUGCCUAUAUAUGUUUUUAUUAUUAAAUAUCAAAUACUAUUAUUAUAUUUGUUUUCCUUUUUGUUUUUUUUUUUUUUUUUAUUUUUGUUUGAUAUAUGAAACGUUAACUUUUUUUUGAACCUCAACGCGUUAAUUUACAACAAAUAAAAUCGUGUGUAUUC